AUGUACUCUAAUAACGUCCCAGCCACGAUAUGUGGUCAGUCAACCUAUUGGUAUGUCCCUCCCCCGAAGGCUGGCGUCAUUGAUCCAUUGUUCAUAGCGGCUGGUCCUAAACGGUCGAGUGGUUUAUUCCAUAUCAAGAAAAUAAAUGAUGCUCUUGGCGGUUACAAGAUUGUGUUUUGUCCUAACGAUAGCGAUUGCAGCGAUAUUGGGAUAUUUGUAGACCGACAUGGCGUUCGACGUUUGGCUUUAAGCUCUACGCCAUUCCCGGUCGUGUUCAUGAAAGCUUCUGGGACAGAGGCAUUGCCCAAAACUAUGUCUAUUGUCUGA